UGAGGAUGGCUAAAGAAGAAAACAUUAUGGGAGAGAUCGAAAAGUAAGUUCUUUGUCUCUCUUCUUUCCUCGUUCACUUUCUUCUAUUUCUAUCUAGAUUAUUGAUAAUGUAACUAUCUUUGAUGGUCACACUAACGAUGCUUUUAUUUCUGAUGAUGAUUGGAUGUGAUUUUGUUGUCACCACAUUGGUUCUUCAGAGGAUAUUCGAAGUAUAAGAAAGCUAUGAGUAUCUUGGAUAGGCAGCGUCUUUGUUUCCCAAGACAAUUUGAUCCACAUGUUCACUCUCAGUUAGGUUGCAGGGUCAUGGAUUUGUCGGGACCAGGAAGGUAUCCACAUUUUUACUCUGAGUUAGAUAUAAGUGGAGGAAUUGAAAACAUGGUUCACUUGAGGUACUUGGCAGUUCGACGAAAACUUAAACUGCAAUUAAUAGAAAAACUCCAGAGACUAGAAUAUCUUCACGUGAACAUUUAUGGUAUAGUUGAAAUACCUGAGUUCAUUCUUAACAUGAAGAAUUUGAAACAUCUGCAUUUUAAAGGUGGUGCCCGCUUCAGGGAAUCUUCUCAUUUAAGAGCAACUGCGGAUGGGAGCUUCCAAAUAAAUAACCUACAAUCUAUUUCUUUACUUUUUAUUUAUAAUGAAAUGGAUGCAAAAGUUUGGGGAUGUGCUCCCAAUCUCCGCAAAUUGAAAUGCAAGUUUGUGUCUCAAUGUCCUUUCGAAUUCCCCGAUCAACUUGAAUCUCUCAACAUCAGUUUGAUGGGAGAUUCAGGUCCUGAUUUUCCCUUGAAUCUCAAAAAAUUGACCCUAUUGGGUUUUGAUUUGUCGUGGGAAAAAAUUCGGAUGAUUGGGAGAUUGCCAAACUUAGAGGUUCUCAAAUUACGUGGUGGUUCCUUCAAGGAAGAGCAAUGGGACACAGAAGAAGGUGAAUUCCAAAAACUCAAAUUCUUCGAGCUAAAUGAUGUGAAAAUUGAAAGUUAUCUCUAUGCAGAAUGGAAUCCCACAAGUGAUGAUUACCCCAAACUAGAACGAUUAGUGUUGCGAUAUUGCCAAUGUUUGGAUAAGAUCCCAUCCAGUUUAGGUUAUAUUUCAACCUUACAGAAGAUUGAGGUAUACGGAUGCACAGAAUCUAUCGAAAAAUCUGCUGUGGAAAUUCAGGAAGAACAACAAGAAAUGGGAAAUGAAGAGCUUAAAGUAGUCAUCACUCGAGAUUCAAAGAGAAUAAACAGAGCAUGAGUUUUGCUGGGAAUGCUAGGAAGUCUUUAGCGAAGUCUUGGAAGGAACGAUAUCGUACCACCUUUCCGGAAACCUGUGGAACGACGGCGGAUUCCUCACCAACUACCUUGGUAUAGUAGACUACAUGCAUCCUCUACCUUUUCUUUUUUCUUUUUUUUUUCUUUCUUUUUUUUUUAAUAUUACCUUUUUUAUUGUGAUUUCUUAUUUUUGUGCCCUUUUUCUUUUUCCUCGUUUAUACAUGCAUUAAUUAGUUGGGUUACUUUAUGUGAGGUGGAUAGUUUGUAAUAUUAUUGAGUUCUAACU